CUUAAAAGCGCCCUUAGUGGCUGUUGGUUCAGCUCUGACCAAGACGUGAAAGGAACACUACAAGCGUGGAUUGCACCUCAGUCGAAAGUGUACAGAAAACUGCGCAACGCUGGCAGGUGCACCGAGAAGCAAAGCCAGGCGGUCGUCUUUUUGCGCGCAGGGGGUCCGGGGUUGACGCACCCGCGUAUAUAAGGCGGUAGCGCGCGGCCGUGACAUUGCAAGGUAACGUCAUGAGCCGGCGUGUGCAGAUGUGUUUCCUCCUGGUGCUGGCGGUGGUCUCUGCGGCCACUGCUGCGUACCCGCCCUACCACAGGACCGACGCCGCCAACCAAGGAGCUCCCGCAUCAGUGUCAGAUGAAGACCAGCAACGCCAAGUACAGAUCGCCGUCGUGCAGCAGGGAGUAGGCCCAUCAGCACCCCCUCCACCACAGCCCGGAAAUGUGUGGAUUCAGGUUCCUCAGCAGCCAGGUGGUGGCUACCCACAGCAGCCAGGUGGUGGCUACCCACAGCAGCCAGGUGGAUAUCCUCAACAGCCAGGUGGUUAUCCUCAGCAGCCUGGCAGCUACCCUCAACAGCCAGGUGGCUACCCACAGCAACCAGGUGGCUACCCACAGCAGCCAGGUGGCUACCCUCAACAGCCAGGUGGCUACCCUCAACAGCCUGGUGGCUAUCCUCAGCAACCUGGUGGCUAUCCUCAGCAGCCAGGUGGCUACCCUCAGCAGCCAGGUGGCUACCCACAACAGCCAGGUGGCUACCCUCAACAGCCAGGUGGCUACCCUCAACAGCCAGGUGGCUACCCUCAGCAGCCUGGUGGUUUCCCACAGCAGCCAGAUGGUCAGCCACAGCAACCAGGAGGCAUUCCUGAGCAGCCACAGCCGCAGCCACAACCCCAGCCACAGCCACAACCCCAGCCACAGCCUCAGCCUGAGCCAGCGACGGAGAGCCCCGAGUUGGCAGAGCUUCGCAAGAGCUGCAAAGCUCCCCGCGGACAGUUCCCCACCAAGGACUGCCACAAGUUCGUCAACUGCUGGGACGACGUCGUCAUCGAGCAGGAGUGCCCUGCCGGGCUGGCCUUCAGUGAGGAAGGUUUCUGCGACUACCCUUACAACGUGGAUUGUGGCUCCCGUACUACAGAUAAGCCAGCGCCGCUGGGUGACGCGUCGUGCCCUACGCCGUACGGCACCUACCGGAGCGACAAGAACUGCAGCGCCUUCGUCGUCUGCGUAGCCGCCACUCCGUACCUCUUCAACUGCCCCGAGGGCCUCGACUUUAAUGACGAGCUGGGCGUGUGCGACUACCCGUACCGCGUGGACUGCCGCGGCCUCGCCUCUGCCGGUGACGCCCCCGCUGCCGCCCCCGCCCCCGCACCCGCUCCUGGGCCCGACGGAGCUCCAGCGCCGCCGGCCGAGGGCGGUUUCUACGGCAAGCGCCUGCCUCCUGGCAUCCUGACGGCGGGCUCGUCGUGCAGCCACAACGCAGUGUUCCGGCUGACGGCGAGCUGCAGCUCGGUGUCGGUGUGCCGCGCCGGCCGCACCGCCAUCGUCAACUGCGCACCCGGCUCCGCCUACGACGCCUACUCCGGCGCCUGCCUGCCCGCCUACAGGGCUCGCUGCUGAGCUCUUCACGACAGUCGGCGCUAGGAAGAGGAGUAACACAAACGGCUUUUAUCUAACAUUCACAUCAUGGCCUGAAGGAGAAACAUCUGUGCCACCGUAACACUUAUUUAUUUAAAGGCAGAUAUGCUCGUUUAUUAAUCCAGUAAUUGAUAUCUGAAGUUCAUUUCGCAUUUACGGAUAAUUGCCAACGACAAAGGUCGGCAACGUCCGCACGCACAUUUUUCGAUUUAUUUCCAUAAUCAGAGAUGUGAUUCUGAGGCAUUAUUAUGUCAAACAGUGCGCUGUGAGGACGAGAGAACUCUUUGACCUGAUAACAAUACUUAAAUGCGACUAGCUGCUUCAGAAUUCGUGCCAUAUUUCUCCUUUACACCUACUGAAGAAAGAAUUUGUCGUUUUCUUAACAGCUCCUCCGAAGAAGCACUUUCUAGUAGUUGAGCAGCUUUCAUAAAUUUGUAGCAUCUUGCAGAACGUUUAUCUCAGACAGCUUAGAUUUACUGGUUUCAUGGGUUUUCUUUUGAGUGUAGAGGAGCGACUAUGAAUUCGACAAUAUUUUUCAGUAGCAUUCUAAGCUGAACUGGAGUACAUCACGAAAUAAGUGCCUUACUUGAUGAAAUGUUUCCUUUUGUAUGUAUUGCACUUUGAAGUUUGAUGCUAGCAUGUACUAGUAACUGUCUGCGAAUUUGCAGAAAAUUGUACUGCAGAACAGCAAUAAAGUUUAUUUAUUUGAUUCUCAUA